AUGAAGCAUGCAGGUAACGAUUCGUGUGAGUGGCUACUUAGUGAUGGGCGUUUCCCUGGUUACAACACGUGGCAACCAUAUGGGUGUAUGAUGCAUAAAUACACUAAGAGCGAUGCCAGGAUGUGUAUGCACUACAUCUCGUACUGGGGCGGUCGGAACCACAUCACGUUCCUCGGUGACUCGCGCAUCCGUCAGCUGUACUUCGAGUUUAUCAACCUGAUCAGCAACAAGGAGAUCAAAUCGCACAAGGCUCACAGCGACAUCCACUUUCAGGAUGAGCAGAUCAGCGCUCGAGUGGAUUUCUUAUGGCACCCGAUGGUUAACAUUUCGAUGUACUACGUGUAUAAAAACUGGCUGUUCAGCGAACCAGGAACGAGACCAAACCUGGUGGUCACGGGCAGUGCUUUGUGGUGUAUUAAAGUGAACAAUGGGAGUGAGGAGGCUUUAGAAAAUUACAAGGUGAAUCUAACGACCAUUGUACGGUACAUCAACAAGUUAAAGCAGUCCACUAAAAUACUCUGGACUUUGCAAGAACCUGUUGUUGAGGAGAAGCUAGAUAAAAACCGGUCUAUGAUAACCAACGAGCAGAUUGACUACUACAACAAAGCUGUGCUCGAUAUUCUAGGUAUCAGUGAAUCCAAACUAUGGAAAUCUCCACGUCUUGUAGCUCAGGGUUUGAACAAAGAAUCCGAAGAUGGACUCCACCUGUCGAAGAAUGUUUUGUAUUUGGAUGUUCAGAUUCUGCUCAAUAUGUACUGUAACAACGAGAUGAACUACCACGACGGAACGUGCUGCAACACCCCGGAGCCCGCCACCACUCUCCAGAUCAUCACAGCAGCAUUCUUCCUCGUUUGCUUGGUGUCAGCUAUUGCUUUGUUACUGUACAGAAGAAAACUUUGUCGUAAUGGCAUAAAGACCAGAACAGAGAAUGGACCAAGGAAUGGACAGAGCACUGUGCCACCGGAGACAAGUGAUGCUGUGUUCGAUGUGGUUACCUCCCUUGCCAAACUGGGUCUCAUAAUGGCCUACUUCUACCUUUGUGACAGGACAAAUUUCUUCAUGAAAGAAAACAAAUAUUUUACACGGGUUAAUUUUUUCUUGCCUUUUGCUUACAUCAUGAUUCUGGGGUUUUUCUUCACUGAAAAGACUGAUAAAACAAGUGUAAUGCAUCGAGACCAAACGGAUGAGUGGAAAGGGUGGAUGCAGCUCGUGUUCCUGAUAUAUCAUUUAACCGGAGCCAGUAAAGUUCUUCCUCUAUACAUGCAUAUUCGUGUUCUGGUGUCGUCGUACCUGUUUCUGUCGGGCUACGGACAUUUCACAUACUUCUGGACAAAGGGCGAUUACGGGCCAUUCCGUUACUGUAAGAAUGGGUGUCGGCAGUGGGUCUGCUAUUGGCAUAUGAGAAAGAAUGGCUUGCGUCGGGUUUUAGAAGUUUUGUUUCGUUUGAACCUGUUGGUCAUCGUGCUGUGCUUCGUGAUGAACCGCCCAUACCAGUUCUACUACUUCGUCCCCCUCGUGUCCUUCUGGUUCAUCGUGUGUUACGUUACCAUGGCGAUGUGGCCGCACGUCACACAGCCGUCCGUAGAAUCCAAUACUCGGCAUUAUUUCUACAUGGUCAUCAAGUUUGUUAUCCUAAUCACUGUAAUCAGUCUCUUCUACUUGUCAGAGGUAUUUUUUGAGAAAGUAUUUUUAACUCGACCAUUCAAGGGUAUGUUUGUGAUGUCGGAUGAUUCCAUUCAUGAGUGGAGGUUCCGUUGGCAGUUGGAUAGAUAUAGUGUGGUGUUUGGGAUGCUGUUUGCUUUUGGAUAUCAAGUGAUGGUUCGCUAUCAGCUGAUCAAUGACAGCCAUAAGGAGAACCUCUUCUCAAAACACUUGUCAUGGAUUUCAUUUUCAGUCGGGGUCUUGGGUAUCGGGUCCUCGUCAAAGAGCAGUAGAAGAUUUAGGGAGGAUUGGUCUGAGUUUCAUCUCAGUCCUCUUCAAAGUGCAGUAGAAGAUUUAGGGAGGAUUGGUCUUAGUUUCAUCUCAGUCCUCUUCAAAGUGCAGUAG